AUGUCGCGGAUAGAGGAACUCCCCGAUAACUUCGAUGAAAGCCUCAAUCUCAAUGAAGCGCCUAGUGCGCCGCCUCCCUCGAUCGAGGAGCUCUACCAAGAACAUAUCAGGACACCCCGUAAAGACCCCAUCAGCGACCAGAGCUUCGAGCAGAUUGUACAGGACAUGAGCAAAACGCCACUAUUCAUGAACAGUUUAGCAGAGGCAACUGACGAGGAUGGACAAAAUGAUCUUCUGGAAGCUAUCAAGGCUUUGCAGUAUGAAGGGACUAAGGCAGAGGUUGCCCAAGGGUUCAAAGAGCGGGGGAAUGAGAUGGUAGCAGAAAAGAAAUGGUCAGAUGCCAAAGAGUUCUACGCCAAGGGAAUUGCAGUCCUGGGGGACAAGGGAGAAGACAAAUGGGACAAGGCUGAAGACCACGAGAGUGAGGUGGCACUCCGACAGACUUUGGAGGAGCAACUCUACGUCAAUCGGGCGCUGUGUAACCUUGAGCUCAAAAACUAUCGGUCGACAACAUUAGACAGUGCAGCGGCACUUCGGCUCAACCCUAACAAUAUCAAGGCACAUUUCCGGUCGGCGUCAGCAUUGUUCGCCUUGGACAAGGUGCUCGAAGCACUUGAUGUGGCAUCUCGAGCCAUCAAGCUUGAUGCAAACAAUGCUGCGCUGGCAAAGCUACUCGGCAAGAUUCGCGAGCGAGCCAAGGCGAAAGAAGCUCAUGACCGACGACGAGAGGCCGAGCAUCAAAGGAGACGACAGGAACAAUCAGUACUUGCGGCGGUUCUCAAGGCGAAGAAGAUCCAAGCACGAGGCAACAAGAACUCACCGAACUUGGAAGACGUGAGUAUCCGACUGUCGCCGGAUCCGUUGUCACCUACGAGUCUUCUGGAAUUUCCGGUGAUGCUCUUGUAUCCCAUGCACAAUCAGAGCGACCUGAUUAAGGCGUGGGCGGAGAAGACUGCCAUCACGGAUCAUCUUAGCUACAUUCUACCUCUCCCGUGGGAUACCAAAAACCAGUACAAGCUGGCGACGGUGGAAUGCUACAUGGAUACUAUCAGUGGUGGUCUGAUGAAAGUGGGUAAGAAGUUGACACUGUUGGAAGCACUGUCGAAUGGAAAGACAGAAGUUGUUGAUGGGCUGGUCAGGAUAUUUGUUGUGCCUGUUUCACUGGCACCUCGGUGGAUUGAUGAGGUGAAGAGGAAGAAGGGGAGGUCUUAG